ACCUGUCACGUGGUUCUAUCCUAUCACAGUGCGCAGAUGCACGUCAAGCGCGGAUCUGCGGCUGUAAGCGAGCGAACUCAGACCACCAGGCUGGGAAACGACAGGUUGAGACGGAAAAGGAGACUGCGCAAGCGGGUGAAGGUCUGUGACUUGGCAGCAACCAUGGUGGGCGAACGCCGCAACGGGAACCUGCUGGUCCAGCUCAGCCCCAGGCUACAGGCAUAUCCCGAGGAGCUGAUCCGCCAGCGCCGCACCCACGACGGACAAACGGAGUACCUCAUUCGCUGGUGCCUGGUUACCAUUGAAGAUGGGUCCGUCUCUGGGGGCGGAGCAAGCGAGUCGAGUGGAGCGGGCAGUGCCGGCUCAGGGGUGGGUGGAUCCAGUGGCUCCACCUCUGGAGAAACCAAACCGGAGAACAUCUUGAUGUGGAUGUCAAUGGAGGAUGUGUAUGCUAAUUGCCCCACCCUUCUUGGCAAGAGGAAAACAGACUCACAGCGCCCCCUCCAGCAGGAGAAGUUGCAGGAAGGCGAGGUGGCAGAUGGGAGCCAGAGGAGCGGAGGCGAGUUUCCAACAGACGUGACCUUUGAUGAGGUAGAGCUGUUGGACAUGAAGCAGGAUGUGAUGAACCUGGUGUGUCGAGCCAGGAAACAGAUGGCUAAGAAGAGUGACUUCUCCAUCAACAUCAUGCACACCAUCCACGUGCUGAGCGCUUAUGCCAGUAUCGGCUCACUUGUAGGUGUCUUCAAGGAGACUGGUGCCCUCAACCUGCUGAUGGAGUUGCUGUGCAACAAGGAGACGCAGACGAGACGCAGCGCCGGCAAGAUGCUGCGGGCGCUCGCCUCACAUGAUGCAGGCAGCCGGGCCUAUGUUCUCCUGUCUCUCAGUCAGCAGGAUGGCAUCGAGCAGCACAUGGACUUUGACAACCGCUUCACUCUGCUGGAGCUGUUUGCUGAAACGACUUCCUCUGAAGAGCACGGCAUUUCUUUUGACGGCAUUCACUUGCCUCAGAUUCCUGGGAAGCUGCUCUUCUCUCUGGUGAAACGGUAUCUGUGCGUCACGUCUUUGAUGGACAAGCUCAACACUGCUGGGGUUGAUUCACGCUCUGACAGACAGGACACAAGCCCUGCCCCUUCAUCCUCAUCUGCUGGCUCCACCCACCAGCUGGAGCUUAAGCGAAUCCAAAGAGAGUUUGAGUUCACCAUGGCAAUGGCCAACCUGAUCUCAGAGCUGGUCCGGGUGAUGGGCUGGGACCGCAACCGGAAACCUCCUGACUUCUCCAACCACCAACCAGGAGGAGGCGGGACAUACGUGGAGGAGCAGGGCAUAGAGGCAUUAUCACACCCCGUCAUUAGGUCCAUUUUUCAGCCUCGAUUCUGUGCCUCUCCCAUUGUUCUGACCAGCAGCUCCUCCAUCACAGCAGUGGCCUCCACACCAGCAAAGAAGACAGGAAACGGGUUCAAGACACGCUCAGACUUUGCCAGCCGUUCAGCUUAUGUGGAGUACGUCCAGGACAAUCUGAAGAGUGGCAUGACUGUUCGAAUGCUGGAGGACUAUGAGGAGGUGAGCGCUGGAGACGAAGGAGAGUUUCGCUACAGUAACGAUGGAUCACCACCUGUUCAGGUGUACUGGAACUCCUUGUCAAGAACCUACUGGGUCCACUGGCACAUGGUGGAGAUAAUGGGCAGCAGCAGCAGCAGCCAGUCUGAGAAGGAGACACAGGAGAAGGCCUCCUCACUGACUGAGACCCUGAAACUUUCUUCUGUGAGUCAGACGUUUUUCUCAAAGCCUCCUGGUGGACUAUAUUCCCUGCCGUACCUGUCGGAGGGACAGCAGGAGGAUCCAGUGCACCUGAGCAGAGCCGAGUGGUGGGAGAUCCUGUUCUUCAUCAAGAAGCUAGAGUCGAGACAGCAACAGGAGGUGAAUGUCCUCCUGCUGCAGAGCCUGGAUGAGCAGGAGCUGGAGCUGGAUGAGUCAUUGCUCAUCAACCUGUCUGUCCCCGGAGAGGUUUCCCGGAAGCUGCUGCACUUCCUGAAGCAGAAGCUGCCCUCCUCAUGUCUGAGUGACCUCCUGUGCUCCCACACCUUCUCCAAAUACUACCUGAAGAGAGGAGGAGCUAGCCUGGAGGAUGAAGAGAUUCUGGCAGUAAGCUCUGUGGGUUUGUCCAAUCGUGGAGAAGGAUCACAGAGCCUCUCCUCUUCAUCUGCACCUUCAACCUCCUCUUCUUCAGCUAUGGGCUUGGUGUCCAAGAAGGCCAAGAAAGAGCUCCCUGAGGACUCAGGCUGCGCAGAGACAGAGAGUGAGCUACCCACAGAAGACGUGAGCAGAUAUCCUGAAGACCUGGAGGACAAGAUGAAAGUGUUCAACAGUCCCCGUCUGCAAGGGAAGAAGACUCUGCUGGAGAAGCUGGGGGAGGUUGUGGACAUUGUAACGAAGGGGGGGUCUGUUUCUGACACGGCACAGCAGCUCACUGCUGUCCUCUUCAUCACCCGACUGCUGGAUGACAAGACAACUCAGGAAAAGAACUCUAUGAGGAGUGACUCUGCCCAGAGUGUACGGGACAAGGUGCUGAAGCUGCUGGUGGAGUUCCUGGGUUCCUCCUCCAGAGACGUGGUGGUCUGCACGCUUAGACUCACGCGUCUCCUCAUGCUGAAAUAUGAGUGGAGGGUUUGCUUUGCCACUGAGGGUGGAGUCAAAGCCAUUCUGUUCUGCAUGCAGGAGUUCUGCUCCAUCACACAAGUGCAACAGCUGGGCCUAGCGACUCUGAAGGUCAUCACUGGAGCCAGCAAACAUGACCUGCGCAGCACCUGCAGCAGCCUCCCACUUUCAGAGUCUGGUACACAGAUGAUGUUGGAGAUUUUUGCCAGCAUCGGCUCAGCCACGCCCAAAGGCUCCAAAUGCCUGCUGGCCGCCAUUCCUGCUGCCAUUGACCUCAUGCUGAAGACCAAAGGCUGCAUUUUGUCGGUGCGUAACGGGUUGCUUGUAAUCAUCAUGCUCAUCGCUAACCACAAGAGCCUGGCGGAACAGCUGGUGGCGUGCGGCGUCACCCCUGUCCUCAAAAAAUGUCUUGCGCUGUCCAGAGCCGAGACCAUGUUUGCCAUCAUAGCCCUCAACCACAUCUCCAUGGUGCACAAGCUGGAAUGUGAAGAGUGUGAGGACUGUCUGGAACAGCAGGACUUUAAGGACACAGAGCUACAGAUGGUGUUGGUGAGCCUGAGGGAGUUGUCGGUAACUAAGGAGGUGAUCCUGACUCUGGAGCAGCUGCUGAAUGACCCCAUGUCACAGCUGGAGGAGGAGCGCAGCCAGGUGACGCACAGUCGAGACACUUACCAGGACCUGGUCCGGUUGAUGGAGCAGCACCGAGCCGACCGGGCAGUCCUUCUCUCCAUCCUCAGGAUUUUGAGUAGAUUCCUGGACAACUACAAGGAGGAUGUUCUGCCAUGGCAUGAGAGUAUAUGGCCCUGUCUGUCCACCAUGAUGGCCUCCAUCAACGACAGAGAGGUUGUGCAGCUGUUCAUUCGCUUCCUGUACCGUCUGGCCUCUCUAAACAAGGACUAUGCUGUGGUCAUGUGCCGACUUGGUGCCAAAGAGGUUCUGGUGAAGGCUCUGGAUAAGCACAGCACCAACCUACUGCUGGUUGGUCUGACCGGCAUCCCCCCCACCAUCACAGCCAACUCUCAACCAGGACUUCAUGUUUCUAUCCAGAUGGUGUUGGGUCAGAUUGAGGAGCAUCGCCGCAGCCACCAGCCAAUCAACAUCCCCUUCUUUGAUGUCUUCCUCAGGAACCUGUGCCAAGGAUCCAGUGUCGAGCUGAAGGAGGACAAAUGCUGGGAGAAGGUGGAGGUUUCAACCAAUCACCAUCGAGCCAACAAACUAACCGAUAAGAACCCCAAAACGUACUGGGAGUCUAAUGGCUGUACCGGCUCACACUUCAUCAACAUCUACAUGCACAAGGGUGUUGUCAUCAGACAACUGGCUAUUCUGGUGGCCAGUGAGGAUUCAAGCUACAUGCCGGCCCGGAUCUUGGUUCUUGGAGGAGAUGACCCAACCAACAUCAACACAGAACUGAACACGGUAAACGUGGCCCCCUCUGCUAGUCGAGUGGUUCUGCUGCAGAACAUGACCCGUUUUUGGUCCAUCAUCCAGAUCAGGAUCAAGAGAUGCCAGCAGGGUGGGAUUGACACUCGCGUCCAUGGCUUUGAGGUUUUGGGUCCAAAACCAACGUUCUGGCCCGUGUUCAAGGAGCAGCUGUGCUGUCGUACAUACCUGUUCUACAGCACCAAGGCUCACACCUGGUGUCAGGAGGUGGGGCAGGACAGGACGCAGCUGCUGCAGCUCUUCAACAAACUGAACAGCGCACUCAGACACGAACAGAUGUUUGCAGAUCGCUUCCUGCCUGACGCUGAGGCAGCUGAAGCUCUGGGUCGAACCUGCUGGGAGGCUCUCAUUACCCCCAUUGUCCACAGCAUCACACAAGCAGAACCCUCAGCAUGCAGCCCUCUCACCUGGCUUCUCGGCGAGUACCUGGAAAACACUGAAUCAGCUCGUCGCUGCAAGAACCGGGCAGCCAUCUUUAACUCCAGAGUGAGACGUCUGACGCACCUCCUGGUCCAUGUGGACACAAGCCAAGGAGAAGGCGAGGAGCUCAGACCACCCAUCAAGUCCAAAGGUCUCAACCGAAGUAAAGAGCUGAAGAAUGGAAAAGAGGGUAAGAACAAAGAUGUUGCCACUGCCUCCUCUUCUUCCUCUUCAUCUUCAGCCAAGCCGAGAGUGAAAAGCAGCAGCAGCAUUGCAGGCAUUGCCCUCUGCUGGCAGGGAGUGGUACAGCGCCGGAUGAAGAAGUUUCUGGAGUGGAGCUGCAGUCUGCCGGACUUUGUGGAACUUUAUCUGACUCUUUACUUGCAGCUGAAGAACGCCAUGGAGGAGCUUUUUGGACAGCAGACGGCCUUCGUCCUGGCUUUGAGACAUGGGUUCUCCGCAGCACUGUUGCAGCUCUCCAUCCUCAAAGCCAUGCAUGUGAGUGAGCGUUUUGCUCAGUACAUCGAUGAAAAGAUCCAGACCAGCGGGACCUCAUGUAGCAGCGUGGAGACUCUGGACCGGCUGCAACAGUUUCUGGAGCCGAUGCUCUUUCUGUCUGGCCUGGAGCUUGCCAACACCUUUGAGCACUUCUACAGGUACUACCUGGGAGACCGUCUGCUAGCUCGGGGAAAUGUGUGGUUGGAGACCUCCGUGAUUGAUCGGAUCGGUAGCUGCUUCCCAAGUCGUUUUCCUCAGCAAAUGUUGAAGAACCUGAGCGAGUCAGCGGAGUUGCAGCAGGAGUUCCACCUUUACCGGCUGCAGCAGCUGGACCAGCGCCUGCAGGAACAUGGUCAGAUUGUGGAAAGUGACUGGGCAGAAAUAGAGGAGGAGGCAGACAUCCAGGUUUUGGUUCUGUCACCUCGCUGCUGGGCCAUAUCGGCAGUCUGCCUUCUGGACGAACCAGGAAAACAUUUUCCAAACAAACUGUGCUCCUACCUUGACCAGUUCUCCCAGUUCUACACUCAUAGUCAGUCCAUGUACGGUCUGAACCACUCAAAGCCUCGGCGGCUGCAGUGGACCUGGCUCGGUCAUGCUGAGCUGCAGCUUGGCAGCUGGAUUCUCCACGUGUCCACGCUGCAGAUGUUCAUCUUGCUGCAGUUCAACAGUCAGGAGGAGGUCAGAGUAGAAGCUGUUCUGCAGGAGACCGGCCUUUCUACUCCAGUCCUGCUGCACGCUCUGCUGCCACUCAUCAACGAAGGAGGACCACUGAUCUGCAGUCUUCCUGAAGAGCCCAGCCAGGGUGUGUUGCAGUUGAACCAGGAGGUUAUAUCUUCCAGCCUUCAGGCUUCUACGGCCCCGGUCCGGCUCCGGCUGCUACCUGGACAGACAUAUCUGAAUGUGAACGAGGAUGUAGCAGGAACUCUGGAGAGGAAGAGGAACUUCAUCUAUUGUCUUAUCGUCCACAUCAUGAAGCAGGAGAAGGAGAUCCACAUAGAUAAUUUGGUCUUUAAGGUUAUGGACUCGUGUCAGAAGCAGGAAGUGCCUCGGUCUCCGGGUGGUGGACGUUUCAGCUGCAGCACUGGUGAUGUGCUGUCAUGCAUCAUGCAUGUAAUCAGCAAAGGCUGCAUUCGCCGCAAUGAGGACAACCCGCACAUCGUGGAGUUUGUCCCCGAGGACCCAUCGACUCCACAGAAAGGCCAGGCCCAGUUUUCCUUCAGCCGCUCCGACUCCAGGAAGGAGGCCCCCGACAACCUAGCUGACAUAAGUCUGGUACCGGUCCCACAACGAUUUGAAGAUGGUGUUCUGGACUCUGUUUUGUUUUCCAUGGGCCGGACGAUGACCCAGGAGGAAGUUCGUCAGCUAAUGCAGAGGACUGUGCAGCAGAUUUCUGAAACUCUGAGUCUGGAUUUGGACCGGGCCGAGCACCUCCUGAUUCACUGUAAGUGGAAUGUGGACCUGCUGGUGCAUCGCUUCACAGACGACUCCGAUGCGCUCAUCAUGGCCGCUGGGCUGAAGUCUAAAAACCCCCAGCCGCCACCAAGCCCCACCUCUACCUGCCCGGUUUGCCUGAGCCCUCAGGAGGGUGAUGCCGAUCCAGCAUUGACCCUGAGCUGCAUGCACUACUGCUGCCGGUCCUGCUGGCAGGAGUACCUGACGGCCCGGAUUGAACAGAAUCUGGUCAUGAACUGCAAUUGUCCAAUAACAGACUGCCAGGCUCAGCCCACAUCCCAGUUCUUCCUUAGUAUCCUCACUGACAAGGACACCAUCGCCAAGUACGAGAAGGCACUGCUUCGAGGCUACGUGGAGAGCUGCUCCAACCUGACAUGGUGCACCAACCCGCAGGGCUGUGACCAGAUCCUCUGCAAGGAGAACAUGGGCAGCAUGGGGACCUGCUCCAGGUGCUGCUGGUCCUCCUGCUUCAGCUGCAACUUCCCCGAGGCCCAUUACCCAGCCAGCUGCAGCCAUAUGUCUCAGUGGAUGGAUGAUGGAGGGUUCUAUGAGGGGAUGAGCAUGGAGGCCCAAAGCAAACAUCUUGCCAAACUGAUCUCCAAGCGCUGCCCAAGCUGUCAGUCUCAAAUUGAGAAGAAUGAAGGCUGUCUACACAUGACCUGUGCCAAAUGUAAUCAUGGUUUCUGUUGGCGCUGUCUCAAACCCUGGAAACCGACCCACAAAGAUUACUACAACUGCUCCGCCAUGGUGAGCAAAGCUGCUCGGCAGGAGAAGAAGUUCCAGGACUACAAUGAGAGAUGCACGUUCCACCAUCAAGCCAAGGAUUUUGCCGUUAAUCUGGAGAACAGAGUGUCAUCCAUUAAUGAAGCCCUGCAGAUGAAGUCCCUCACCUUCGUCAUUGAUGCUUGUAAAGUCCUCGCUCAGGCUCGGAAGGUGCUGGCGUACUCCUGUGUCUACAGCUACUACAACCAGGAGACGGAGAAGAUGGAUGUCAUGGAGCAGCAGACGGAGGCUCUGGACCUUCACACAAAUGCUUUGCAAAUCCUGCUGGAGGAGACGUUGCUGCAGUGCGCCGACCUGGCCUCAUGUGUCCGACUGCUGAAACCAGAACACCUGAACACGGGACUGGAAUUGAUCCGACGCAUCCAGGAGCGUCUUCUGGCAAUCCUGCAGCAUUCAACACAGGACUUCAGGGUUGGGUAUCAGUCCAAAAGUCAGGAACCAGAAUCCAACCAGGCCUCCAGUCUGUCCAACCACACAGAGACCAACAAAGUGACCAAGUCGGACCGAGCUUCAGAGUCUGGAGACUCAGACAACAACAACUACACGGGUGAAGAUGGGGGCGAGGAGGUGGAGGAAGAUGAUGAGUAUGAUGAAGAGUACGUCCCUGAGUGGCACGAAGACUACGAUGAGGACGAAAUAGACGAGGACGACUUCUUCUCUGACGACGACGAGUCUGAAAACCUGGAGAGGGACUUUAGCCCCUAUGACUGAACGGGUCCAGGACCCGGAGACGUCUCAGAGACAGGAGGACGCAAGGAUGGAGCCCCACCCCUGUGACUCAUGUGAUGUCCUGAGGACAACCAGAAGGCUUUCCUUCACACUAACUCUCCCAUGCAUCGCUGCGCCUGCUUCACUUCACCCUGUCUUCAUUACGCCAAAGUAUGGGAGAGGAUGAGGGACAAAACCAAUCUGAGUUCACGCUGCAAAAGUGACAUUCUGUUUUUGUUCUGAACUUUCCUGAGUUCCAUCACGGACUUGGACCGCUCCUCCUCUCUGGUUCUGAUGGACGCUGCGUUAGCCUGAGAGGCACCUUGUCUCAAAUGGAGGUGUCCUGGUGUUGAUUUGUUGGAUGAGUUGGAAGUUUCUAUGCACUCAAAGACACUGAUUCUAAGUGGUUUUGCUGCAAUAACUGUUGGAUUCUGGUCUGAUUCUGUGUAGACUAGUGUUUGGGUUUGUUGUGGAGGAGCCGGGGACAUUUUGCUGUACCUUUGAGAGAUCCUAUGUUCAUAUUGAUGUUCUAAAACUUGUCUUUUCUUUGUGGAGUUGUGCAACUUCAGCAAAUUUAAAUAAAAGCUUUUUCUGCUGUUCUGCAGGCCCGUU